AUGCACUUCAACCUGUUCACCAUGUCUACCUCGCUGCUGGUCUUACUCACCGGUACUGCGUUGGCUGACUGCAACACCGAAGGAGCCUCCUGGUCCGAUAUUGAAGAUGACGACGCUAUUACAAAAGCCUUCAGCGAUCUUUGCUCUCAUAUGGCUGGGAACUACGAGAUCGGUAGCAGGGUUGAGUACUGCACAAAUGUCAAGAAGAACCGAAUCAACGCGAGAAUCGACAUUUCCCAGCAACCCGAGAACGGCACGACGGCCGUGCCACUUUACAAGGAGGUCUGCGAGGAUCUCUUGGGCCAGGCAAUGCACAUGCUGGCUCCGAGUUUCAUCAGUGGGGCUACGUUCAUGGCAAGAUUAAGGCUGAUCCAAACCGGCGCAAUUGCUAAAGCAAGAGUCAAAGACCGAAUCUUGAAGCUUCGAAGAUUUACGCACCAUGCGGAGUUCAGCGAGGCGGACAGAAAUUUGAGCAGGAGCAGCGGCUGGGACUCGAAAUCGUGGCGAGAUGGGGACAGAGUGACCAACUCGCAUGCGAGGCGCCUGAAUCAGCUUUGCGGUUUUUAG